UUUAAUAGUAUGCUCCCAAAGACACCCUUAGAACACAAAGUAGAAAUCAGGAAUGGAGAAGUGAAAUAAAACGGUUGCGGUUCUUCUUCCUCCCUUCACCAAAAUCCACGGCUUCAACCUUAUUCGAUCCUCUCGAUCUCUAAACAACAAAUGCCUUUCAGCACGUUCAUUGAAGUGGAACCGCCCAGUCCACUCCGAUACAUAAUUGGGGCUGUUAUAAUGAUGAUCGGAGUCGUAUUGCCUCUUGGAUACAUGCUGUUCCGGAAUAAGCGUGGACCUUCUUCUUCUUCUUCUUACUCCAAACAGACGACCAAAGUCUUGAUUUAGUUCCAUAGAGGAAGAGACGCUUCUAUUUCAGUUUUGGGGUCUCAGCUAAUGGAGGGUGAUGCUAUUCUUCACAGGGUAAUGUAAAAAAUGCAUUGAGAUUUCAAAUUUCUGUGGAAACUAACACGAUUAUAGUCCUAAUCCAAUUAAGGCAUCGUCGUUUUGUAUCGCUGAAAGAAUUGUGUGGUUACUGUUGAUGACAGUCAUUCAUAGAGCCAUGAAAGUAGUCUUUCUUGGUCCUUAAGGUUCUCUUUCCCAUCAGUGACUUCUCAAUUCAAAGAUUUUAGGUUUAGCCA